CUGAAAAGCAUUUGAGCAUAAUUCUCAUUUUCUAAUCUUUAAUACUCAGAGCCAUGACUCCUAAAAUGAUCAUUACCACUAUCCUCCUAUCACUUUCUACCAUCGUGGCAGCACACCCAGGUUUCCAAUUACGUGCCGUGAACAGCACAAUUAUCAUCUCCGACCCAACGCGCACCACUGCUACACCAUCUCCAACAGGCAAUGGCAUCACUACUCCUCUGCCCACUCAGUCCGGCAUGGUCAGCAACUGCAACACGUUUUACAAAGUAGUCAGUGGCGACACAUGCCAAUCCGUGCUCAGCAAGCACAACCUGUCAUUCACGCAGCUGCGAGCGUGGAAUGCUGGGAUUGGAGAUAAUUGCCAGUUUCUCCUCCUGAACACAAACUACUGUGUUGGUGUUAUCGGAGGUACGACAACCACAGUGGCGCCCACACCUACUAAUGGCAUUUCCACUCCUUUGCCAACUCAAUCUGGCCUUGUGGACAACUGCGACAAGUUUUAUCGAGCCAGGCCCGGGGAGACGUGUGCAGACAUUGUCAGAAAGAUUGCAGGGAACGGCAUCACGCUUGCUGAUUUCCUCAGGUGGAACCCGGGGGUUGGACCGGAGUGUAGGUCGAUGCUGGCGGAUACAUAUCAGUGUGUUCGUGUCAUUGGGUUCACGCGUCCACCAACGACUACGACUGGGAAUGGUGUUACAACCCCGCUGCCUACGCAGACAGGAAUGGUGGGUAAUUGCAACAAGUUCGAGUUCGUUGAUGCGGGCGAGGAUUGCGGGACUAUUUCACAGAAGUAUGGGAUCAGCCUUGAGGACUUCAAGAAGUGGAACUCAGGGGCGACAAUCAACGGUUGCACGGAGAUGUGGGCAAACACGUAUGUUUGUGUUGGCAUAUUCUGAGAAGCUUAGGGACGGAGUAAUGCAGAUUCGAAUGAAAGGACGAUCGCUCAUAAUGGCGUUAGGUGUAGGGCGCGGGAUCAACAAUUGUCUCUCAUGAUAACAAAGCAAUCCUCAAAUUUGCAUUGCAUAUCUUCUAUCUCCUCACAAUGUUAAUAUCUAGAUCUGCGUUUCAUGUCUACUGGUCAGAGUUAAAAUCACUUGAGCAAUUUGCACGGACUCCUGCUUCAAUCACAGUAGCAUAGCUUAGACCUAACAGGCGUGCGGUAAAAUCUUCAAUUAUUGAUGCUAUCAAUGUGCUUUAUAA